AUGAGCUACGACCGCGCCAUCACCGUCUUCUCGCCCGACGGCCACCUCUUCCAAGUGGAAUACGCGCAGGAGGCCGUGAAGAAGGGCUCCACUGCGGUUGGCGUUCGAGGACGAGACAUUGUUGUUCUUGGAGUGGAGAAGAAAUCUGUGGCCAAACUGCAGGAUGAGAGGACAGUGCGGAAAAUCUGUGCUUUGGACGACAAUGUUUGCAUGGCAUUUGCAGAAACCUGCUCCACUGUCGUUGUAGGCCUCACUGCCGACGCGAGGAUUGUCAUCAAUAGGGCCCGGGUGGAGUGCCAGAGCCACCGGCUGACGGUAGAGGACCCCGUCACUGUGGAAUACAUCACCCGCUAUAUUGCCAGUCUCAAGCAGCGCUACACACAGAGCAACGGGCGCAGACCAUUCGGCAUCUCUGCCCUCAUCGUGGGCUUUGACUUCGACGGCACACCCAGGCUCUAUCAGACUGACCCCUCGGGUACCUACCAUGCCUGGAAGGCUAAUGCUAUUGGCCGUGGGGCCAAGUCAGUCCGAGAGUUCCUGGAGAAGAACUACACUGACGAAGCCAUCGAGACAGACAACUUGGCCAUUAAGUUGGUCAUCAAGGCCCUUCUGGAGGUAGUCCAGUCAGGUGGCAAAAACAUUGAGCUUGCUGUCAUGCGGCGUGAUCAGCCUCUCAAGAUUUUAAACCCUGAAGAAAUUGAAAAAUAUGUUGCUGAAAUUGAAAAGGAAAAAGAAGAAAAUGAAAAGAAAAAACAAAAGAAAGCCUCAUGA